GUUGGUCCUUGGCAGACAGUUUCUCAAGUGCGGCUCAGUGAGCGGCCCACACUGUCAGGAGAUUGGAUUAGAACAACGAGCGCUGUUUAAGAAACGAGUUUAAGAAAAGCUCCUCCUCCGUCAUUCCACUCUUCCCACGAGAUCGCCUGUUUGACCUCUCGCUAGGUUACUCUGUAUUAUUUCUGCUGCCAACAAUAUCCUAGUCAGUAAUUCAGUACCAGCCGCUGCGGACAUGUCAACAUUCAACGAAUGCAGUUACAGCUAUGAAGAGUACAGAGAAACAGCAGACUGGCUUCUUGCUCAUACAGAUAUCAGACCCAAAGUGGCCAUUAUCUGUGGCUCAGGCCUCGGUGGAUUAGCUGACCUGCUGGAUCACAAGACUACGUUUCCUUAUGAGAAAAUCCCCCGGUUCCCCCACAGCACAGUGCAAGGACAUAAAGGUCAGCUGGUGUUUGGAGAGCUGAAUGGGAAGCAGUGUGUUUGCAUGCAAGGCCGUUUCCAUUUCUAUGAGGGUUAUAAUGUAGCCACAGUCACAUAUCCAGUAAGAGUGUUCUUUCUUCUGGGGGUUGAGACUCUAAUCGUGACCAAUGCCGCUGGAGGACUAAAUCCCAAAUUUAAAGUGGGCGACAUUAUGCUGAUAAAGGACCAUAUUAACCUGCCUGGUUUUGCAGGCCAAAAUCCUCUGUGCGGUCGCAAUGAGGACAGAUUUGGAGUACGUUUUCCUUGCAUGUCUGAUGCAUAUGAUAGAGACUUGGCACAACUGGCCAGGAAGACUGCGGAGGAACUCGGCUGUGCCUCUUUUCUUCAGGAGGGUGUUUACUGCAUGUUGGCUGGGCCGUCUUAUGAGACGAUUGCAGAAUGCAAAGCUCUACAGAUGCUUGGGGCAGAUGCUGUUGGUAUGAGUACUGUUCCAGAGGUGGUGAUCGCUCGACACUGUGGGGUACGUGUGUUUGGACUUUCUCUGAUUACUAACAAGGUGGUGACUGACUAUGACAGCAAGGAGAGGAUGAAUCAUGAAGAAGUGCUAGAAACCACCCGCAUGCGAACCGAAGACCUCCAAAAGAUAGUCAGUCAUUUAGUUAAACAUAUGUAGUGCAACCAUUUACUACAUUCACAAAAAUAUCACAAGGGUGCUUUUAAUAAUAAUCUUCCACAGAGUUUUGCGAUUAGACACAGACAGCUAAUGUAGAAUGUAGACAGCUAAUGUAGAACUGAAUAUGCUACAUAAUGUUUCUUAAUGUGUCUUGUUCGGGGUAAAAGUAACUAUAUGGACAUUCCAGUGCCUCUUGAGUCUAGACUAGAUUCAUUUUGUUUACCUCAUAGCACAGUAUGUGGUACUUACUAACAAACUAACACUGUGAGAUUUGUACUAGUUAUUAAUAACAUGUACAACAUGUGAUCCUGUCACAUACUGUACUUCCUGAAAUUAAUGUUAAGAACAACUGAAAGUAAUCAGUAUUACAGAACAAUCAGUAUUAAUGCAAUUUUGUUUUGAAAGAGUUAAAGAUCAAUCAAAAAGAUUAACAGACUCUGAAGAUUACAAAUACUUAGAUUUUAUGUAUUUUACAACAUAGCAGUUAUAUUACCAAAAAUAUAUCAUGAUAUACUGAAAAUGUUGUUUGCUGAAUAUAUUAUUAAAAUUAUUUCUAUUCUGUUCUGCUAUGUUGAUGCUUUUUUUGUUUCUUAUAUUGACUCAUAUAUGUGGUGAUUAGAAAAAUGUACUUCAGUCCGACAAUGUGUUGCAGUGUUAAGAUAUUAAUAUUAAUACUUUCCUCCAAAGGUCAGAGGCAAAAGAGAGCAACAAAGCUCUCUCCCUUGUGUGUACAGUAAAUCUAAAUAUACUAUGCAAAACAUAUGUAACGUUUUAGAUAUGCCACCCGACCCACUACGAAGUCACUACAUUAUUGAUAAAUCUUGCCAACACACCUCUAACAAAGAUGUUAAAUGAAAUAUACAAAACAUCAAGGCUGUGGCAAGUGUCACAAAGAAAACCUUGAAUAAACAUAUACAGGGAUGUGGUAACUGCAGUAGGACAACUUACAGUUGCAUUACAGUAAUGGUCUCAGUAGCGGAAGAAUGAUGACAAUCUUAACAUAAUACAUUGUAGUUUUUG